AUGGAUUCUUUACAGAACUCGUCGUCGGCCACCGCAGCUGGGAAUGGCGGGAUCACCCAAACAAGUGAUCCAGAUGAUCCAAAGCAGAACCUCAACCAGGUCAUCAACUCCAUACAAAAGACUCUUGGUCUUCUGCACCAGCUUUACCUCACUGUCUCCUCCUUCAACUUGGCCUCUCAACUCCCUCUUCUCCAACGCCUGAAUGCUGUCGUUUCUGAGCUUGACACAAUGCAAAAAUUGGCGGAAAAUUGCAACAUUCAGGUUCCAAUGGAAGUCGUUAAUUUGAUCGACGAUGGGAAGAAUCCGGACGAAUUCACGAGAGACGUUAUCAACGGAUGCAUCGCCCGGAAUCAAAUAACCAAAGGCAAAACCGAUGCGUUCAAGAGUCUACGCAAGCAUCUUUUGGAGGAGCUUGAGCAAGCAUUUCCUGAGGAAGUUGAAGCUUAUAGGGAGAUACGUGCAACUUCUGCUGCUGAAUCGAAGAGGCUUGCACAAGCGCAAAGUAUCUUACCAAAUGGGGAUGUGAAGGUCAAGACAGAACAUUAAGAGGCCAAGUUGGUGAUAAUUCCAGAUCUCUUAUUAUUCAUUCAUCAUUUUUGUAAUUUAACAAAUUAUUUGUAUCAUAGAUAUUUUGUUGCAGCCUAUUUUAUCAUCUGUAGCAGCACUGAGUUUGAGUGAUUCUGAUCCAAAUAUAUUAGAAUGUCACAUCAGUUCCCAGCUUCAAAUCUGAAAACAUUAGAAUGUUGAUUGAUAUCCUGGGUAGUUGGAAUAAACUGGAAAAAUUGAGUUUAGUUUAA